AGGUAACUUAUCCACAAGCUGCAGCAGACAGAAAGGUGAAAUGUAAUAAUUAUACAGACAGUCAGUAGCCUGGCUGGUUUAUAAUAAGUUUGUCACUCUGCUACACAGUUUUGUGUACUGUACUGUGUGAGAGCCGUGCUAGUCUGCAGAUAGCAACAGGUUAGCCACAUCGCUAACAGCAAGCUAACGUUAAACGCUGUCGCUGCGCAUGAGCUGAUAAGCACCUCUGGCUUUGAGGGAGACCAUCCUGUACUUGUCUUCAUCUUCAUCUUUCUGAGAGGAUUGCAAAACAUGACACCAGCGGGAGUUAUCUGGACAAUGCUGUGAAACUGAACUUACUUUAAAGGGUUAAACAUGGCUGCCCAACAAACAGGUGGAGGAAACCGCUACAAGCUCAGCGACGGUCGGAUCCUAAUGUUUAUUAAACUCCAGAAGUCCUCCAGAAGUUUGCCCAGAGGAAAAGCGCCGCUGCGCCUUUCUGCUGAAGUGAGCCUGCUUUGAAAACAAGCAAGGACCAAUGAUCCAGAUGUUGGCUUCCCAUGCUGUUAUGCAAGCAGUUAAUUCCAGGUUUCAGGGAAGAGGCUUUGUGUCAUGGAAAGGAGUAAAGCCACGCAGUUGCACUGACUCUCGUUGCCAUUGGUCCAUCUUCAUCCUUGGAGACCGUGCCAAACCAAUGUUACCGCAUUCAGAGCGGGUGUUGUCUGUAGUGAAAAGUUUAAAAGAGAGAGUGUGCCCUGCUGUCCCUCAGCAGAAGCAUCAAUCAACAUGAUCCCCAUUGUGCUGGCCUCAGUGCUCAUUGCUAGCGCCCUUGGGUGCGGCACCCCAGCCAUUGAGCCCCUGACUUCCCGUGUGGUCAAUGGAGUAGAUGCCAAGCCCCACAGCUGGCCCUGGCAGAUCUCUCUGCAGUAUGACAAGGACGGUGUGUGGAGGCACACUUGUGGGGGAUCUCUGAUUGCUGCCAACUGGGUCAUGACUGCUGCUCACUGCAUCAACACCAAGCUCUCCUACAGGGUGUUUGUGGGCAAAUACAACCUGGUCAAGGAAGAGGCUGGCUCCAAGGCCAUCCUGCCUGAGAAGAUUAUUGUCCAUGAGAAAUGGAACCCCAUCUUUGUGGCCUUCGGUAACGAUAUUGCCCUCAUCAAGCUGUCGGAGUCAGUUACUUUGAGUGACCAGGUGCAGUUGGCAUGUGUCCCUCCUGCUGGCACUGUGCUGUCCAACCUCUACCCCUGCUACAUCACCGGAUGGGGCAGGCUGUACACCGGAGGCCCCAUAGCUGAUACGCUGCAGCAGGCUUUGAUGCCUGUGGCUGACCAUGCCACCUGCUCCCAGCCUGAUUGGUGGGGUAUUGCUGUCAGGGCCACCAUGGUCUGUGCUGGUGGGGAUGGAGUCGUGGCUGGAUGCAACGGAGACUCUGGCGGUCCUCUGAACUGUAAGAACAGUGAGGGCGUCUGGCAGGUCCAUGGUAUUGCCAGCUUUGUCUCUGGCCUUGGCUGCAACUUCGUGAAGAAACCCACUGUCUUCACCAGAGUCUCCGCUUUCAAUGACUGGAUCGACCAGGUUAUGAUGAACAACUAAAGAAGAAGUGUCAAUAAAAAUCAAAAAAGCUGCA